AGGGUCAACAUCAUUCUCUGUGGUUGAAUGUUGAUGUCAUGUAUCAUUAAGUUUGAACUUUGUACGCCUGGCAAGAUCUUUGACCUUCCAUCGCUAGGAAACAUGCGCAUGAUGUCACAAUGGCACAAAAUCACAAUAGGUGGUUUGAUUUGGUUACCAGUGGCUACCGCGUUUCCAGCUCACUCGCAAUUUAAUGUUGCUUGUAUUUGGAUGUGUACGCCACUGGAAAAUAAUAGAAGCAAGUUACUGUUACAAUCCUGCUUGUUGCGUUAGAGGGUUAUGAAGCUACCAUCUGUACGUUACUGAAUAACUAUAACUUUUUAUUUAUGAAACAUCGUUAGGUAAACGCAGUCUAAUUGCUUAUUAUACAUUGUAUUAUGCAGCCUUCUCAACUUUCAGAUAGGUUAAUUAAGACUAAGUACGACCUGUAUCUACCAAAAUGGGUUCAAAUUGUUGCAAAUUUAAAAAUACGACGAUGCUAGACGAUGAGAGCGAAUUAAAGACCAGAAAUAAAAGACAGAGAAAAUCGCGAAAAGAAAGAAGCAAGUUGUGGAAACAUAACAAGCCCAAAGAAAGCAAUAUAUGUUUAGACAAACCUGCAUAUACAAAGAAAGAAGUUGAGAGUGAAUCAAAACAGAAUCAAAUGAAAAAUGUUCGUCAAAGGCAAAUCUCUCUUUUAACCGGAUCUUUUGCUGAAGCCAACUGGGUGUUUGAAUCGGAUUUUGAGAAGCACUUAAGAAGACGUAGAGAGAUACGGAUGGCGUUGCAAAUUGCAAGAACGCAUAUUAGUAUGUUGGCUACGACUGUUGCAAACUCUGCAAGGCAUUAUCUUCCAACUUAUAUUACACAAGCUUUGAGAGAAAGGUUCUAUGGAAAUAAUGUGGAUAUUAGAAGAGAAGACUUCAUGUCGACUUCUCAUAUAUUGUCAACACUCGCUCUAAAUUUGAAUCAAAAAAUGAUAUCAAACCAAACUCAGCAAACAACAGAAAGCUGUUCAGUAAUGAGGAAAGUUAUUGUAGAACAGAAAACAGAAGAAUUUCAAUCUGUAUCGAGCAAGGUGGUGUCAAAUGAUGAUUGUAAAGAACUAACCGAGUUGGAAAAGCUUCGAGCAGAGAAUGCUGCGUUAAGGAAAAAGAAUAAAGAACUUCGAGAAAAAUUAUGGACGACGAAUGACGAAUUAGCGAAAUAUUCCAAGGAUGGACAAAGAAAAAUCAUAAAUUCGAAAGAAACGCAACUGAGAAUCGCAGGCAGACACAAAAAAUGUAAAAAUGUUGGCAGGAAAUUGUACGUUGCUAAAUCAGAACAACGCGAUGAUAAUAUUGAAAAAAUUAAACAGAUGGCAUAUAGAAUUUCUGAUCAACGACAGAAAAGGAGCGUCAAUAAUAGAGCAAGAAAGUGCACGUAUGAAAGAAAAUAUCCAGGUCCAGUGUCCGAAUACCGAGGGAUAUUCGAAACAAAAUUAUUUAAUGCGAUUAAUCAAGGAAAAGUUGAUGAAAUACCAUUUGAGGAAAUCAAAUAUGGGUAUCAUAACAUCAGAUGGCCUGGUAUCGUCUGUUCGCCGUGCUCACCAAUUAUUUCCUAUUGCAAAUGAUUAUUUUUUAUUAAUUUUAUAUUCUGUAUAUUUAUUUUCAUAUAUAUAUAUAUAUC